CCACUCCUUCAACGCCUCGCCGUCGUCCUCCUCCCCUCUCCCGACAUCAAUCUAUCAUCUAUUUAUCUCCACUGCUUUUUCGCUCUUCCUAAUCCUCUUCAUUGUUGCUCGCCGUGCUCCUAUUCACCGUCGAUCUCAUCCUUUCUGAACCCUAGAUUGAUUCUUGAAGUUGGAAGCCGAAGCGGAAGUGAUUGACCGCCGCAACUGAAAGCCAUGGCCAGGGUUGUGUGCUGCAUAGGUGACACCCAUGGCUACAUCACCAAGCUCCAAAACUUGUGGUCUAACCUCGAAAGGGAAAUCGACCCUUCGUUAUUUCAAUCUGCCACGAUUAUCUUCUUGGGGGAUUAUUGCGACCGCGGUCCUCGUGAAGUUAUUGAUUUCCUGAUUGAAUUGCCCUCUAAAUACCCCAAUCAGAAACAAGUCUUUCUCUGCGGGAACCAUGAUUUUGCCUUCGCUGCUUUUCUUGGUCUUCUGCCUCCGCCGCCUGAUGGAUCCAAGUUUUCCGAUUCCUGGAAAGAGUACGAGUCCAGUGAGGAUAGAGAAGGAUGGUAUAAGGGUGAUGGUUAUGACAAUAUGCAUCUUCAGGGGAGGCGUUGGGCUGGUUCAAUUAAGGUCAAGUACAAUACAGCCAAGGGCAUUGAUUAUAUGGGUUCCAUUUAUGAUGCUGGACCGACUUUUGAGUCUUAUGGGGUUCCUCAUGGUUCUGCUGAUUUGAUUAAAGCAGUUCCUGAUGAGCAUAAAAAGUUUCUUGCUAAUUUAGUCUGGGUCCAUGAAGAGGACGAAGUUUGUGUGGAGACCGAUGAUGGAAUCAAAAGCUGCAAGUUGAUUGCUGUUCAUGCUGGUCUGGAGAAAGGGAAAGAUGUGAACGAGCAAUUAAAACUUUUGAAAUCGGAUACUCGGGUGCCUAAGGUUGCGCCUCUCAGCGGGAGGGACAGUGUAUGGAAUAUACCAGAGGAACUAAGUGCUAGUCCCACCGUUCUGGUUAGUGGUCAUCAUGCAAAACUCCAUGUAAAUGGCUUGAGGCUUAUCAUUGAUGAAGGUGGUGGGUAUGAAGAUCGACCGGUAGCUGCAAUUGUUCUUCCUUCAAAGAAGAUAAUUCGCAAUACAGAUGUUUUGGGAAAACAAUUUCGUUCUUAGAAUAACAUUUAAUAAUUUUGUUAUCAUAUUAGAAGAUAAUUCGCGAUACAGAUGUUUCGGGAAAAUAAUUUCUUUCUUAGAAUAACAUUUAAUAAUUUUGUUAUCAUAUUAUUGUACCCUUUUUAAUUCCUAGCCCUGUGACAUGUAAGCUAUGGAUUGCGUGUAGUGGUCGGGGUACUGCAUUAGUUAUGUCGGGUGACCUGUUCAGGAUUUUGAUGUAUUCAAAUACAAUCAGACAUUGAGAGGCCUCUGAAGGGAAGGUGAGAGACAACCCUCCUGAAGUUGUCAAGAAACUGUAAAUCUCACCUUUUUUUUUUCUUUUGUAAUAAUUCAUUGUGGACAUAAUUUGGUAAGUUAUUUUAGGAGAUACUGUUAAAUUGAACUUGUUAUUACAGCUAUGAGUUGCUCAAGUUAUUUCAAGGUGAGUGCUAUGUUUCAAAGUAAUUGAGUUGUUGAA